AUGCAGUUCGAGCUGGUCCUCCGAAUUAUCGACCUCAAUAAUAUUCCUCUCGUUAGCGGAACAGCGUACAUCAAAUGGCGGCUACCUUCCUCGAAUGCGAACGAACAUCAUGGUGCAACUGAUAAGGCGCUCAUCCUCGAUCAUAAAGCGUCGUGGAAUUACGAAAAGACGCUGCAAGUGAGAAUCACUAUCGAUCGCGACCAAACCCUUCACGAAUGCGAUAUCCAAUUCGAUGUCAUACAGGAGUUCUCUUCCGGAGGUCAUGCGGAGAAGAACUUACUUGGACGGGUGAAACUCAAUCUUUCCGAGUAUGUGGACAAAAGCGACGACGAUGAAGGUAUAAUCCGACGGUACUUGAUGCAGGAUAGCAAGAUAAACAGCACACUUAAGAUCGGGAUAGCCCUGCAGCAGAUGGAAGGAGACAGGAACUUCACAACUCCGCCUUUGAAAUCUGCGAUGGCUUUUGGCGGCAUUGCAGGAGUCGUGGCUUCCGAGCAGGCCGAGGCCGAUGACUCGGGCCAGAUACCAUUGAUCAACACCCAAAGUAGAGAAGUUGCUGAUAUGCAAGAAAUGUACCGACGUACGCUGGCGGCUUCCUGGACGUCUCGCGCGGAUGACAUGCCUGCCGAUAAACUCAUUGAAGGAUUAUUCUCAGGGAGCUUUGGUCGAGCCGAUCCGCGCGAUCCCGAUUCAGGGCAUGCAGCUGAGGGCUUUUAUGAUGGCCGUUCAAAUAGCGGUGCAGGCGCCGCUGGGCAGAGUGGGUCACGCAACCUUCUAUCUCCGACUUUCGAGCGGCGGGCAAGGAGCACGAGUCGGCAUUCCAAUGCAAACAAAGCGCUGGACUUCUCGCCAACAAUUGAACAUGGGAAAAGCGGGAGUAUCGAACGGCAGCUCUAUGACAAUGCCAAGGGGAAGAGCUGGAGAAGUCGUAAUACUGAACAUGAGCUGUCGGAGUUUGAUGUCCGUGAAGACUUGCGGAGCUGGGAGGUUAAUAUCAAACAAUGA